UGUCCAACCAACUGUCCACCUGGACCAAAAGGUCCUCAGGGCCUACAGGGAGUGAAGGGACAUAAAGGUCGCUCUGGGGUACUGGGAGAUCCAGGAAGCAUUGGAAAAUUGGGCAUAAAGGGCGAAUUCGGCAUCUCCGGUGAACAAGGAAUACCAGGCCCUCCAGGUCCACAGGGUCUGAGAGGGUAUCCAGGAAUGGUGGGGCCCAAAGGCGAGUCGGGACCACGUGGUUAUAAAGGGAUUUUAGGACCAAUCGGCAUCCCUGGACGCCCUGGUGAAGAGGGACCCCAAGGACCACCUGGAGAGCCUGGUGACAAAGGCGAAAUUGGAGAGCGUGGAGUUCGAGGGCCUCAGGGGGUGGUCGGAAAGAAGGGAGAGAAUGGUCUUCCAGGAAUUGAUGGAAAAGAUGGCACUCCUGGUAUCCCAGGAAUAAAGGGAGCUGCAGGACAAAAUGGAAGACCUGGAGCCCCUGGGCAUCAGGGAGAUGCUGGUUUGCCUGGUAUGCCUGGAGCCAAGGGUGAAAUUGGAGUUAAGGGUGAGACCGGACCCAGAGGCUCGAUGGGAAUGCAGGGUUCUCCGGGACCUCAAGGAGAGCCUGGUCCUCCAGGGGAAGCUGGCAUGGAGGGAGUACCAGGACCAAAGGGUGACAGGGGCGAAAGAGGAGCAGUUGGGCCUUCUGGUAUUGUUGGCUUGCCUGGCAGUAAGGGAGAGAGGGGACCCAUGGGCGUCCCAGGUGCUCAGGGUCUAACUGGAACUAAGGGUGACAAGGGAUUCCAAGGCAAAGUGGGAUCAAAGGGAGACGUUGGUGAUCCUGGAGUAGAGGGAUUGGCUGGGGAGAAAGGAGAGAAGGGACAAUCUGGGGAGCCUGGACCCAAGGGACAGCAAGGUGUGACCGGCGAUCAAGGGCACAACGGUCCUACCGGAGACCCCGGUAAACCAGGAGACCAGGGUCCUUCAGGCUUACCCGGUCCACGUGGCCUGCACGGAGAAAGAGGAGUUCCAGGGAUGCCAGGAAUACAAGGAGCACCUGGUCGUGAUGCUACAGAUCAGCACAUCAUUGACGUGGUCCUGAAGAUGCUUCAAGAGAAGUUAGCGGCAUUAGCGGUGAGCUCUAAGAGAGCCGUGCUGGGUGGAGCUGGUGUGAUGGGACCUCCAGGUCCUCCAGGACCACCUGGACCUCCAGGACCUCAGGGACCUCAUGGACUGACAGGCGGCCGUGGCAUUCCUGGCAUAAUCGGGGGCUCAGGCCAGAUAGGAAACACCGGCCUUAAAGGGAAGAGGGGUGCAAAGGGAGAGAGAGGAGAUCCUGGACGUCCACAUCCUGGCCAACCGGGACCACCUGGACUGCCAGGUCCUCCAGGUCUUGACGGUGUUGCACGUGACGGUAGGCCAGGCGAGCGAGGACCCCAGGGUGCAGUGGGUGAGCCAGGCCGUUCUGGAAAAGCUGGUCCUUCUGGUCUUCCUGGAUAUUGUGAAGCAGCUGCAUGUUUGGCAGCGUCCGCCUACACUUCUCCCAGAUUACAAGAGGCGGGAACAGUAAAGGGCCCAUCCACUUAAAUCAAGCCCUCUACUGGGGCAUAAGAACAUCUGGGAGAGAAAGAGAGAGUCAGAAAGAAACAAAGAAAGGGGGAGAAGCAUGGAAAGAGGGGCGCACAGGCCUACUCUUCAAUGGACACAUUGUGAGGGGGGAGGGAACAGCUGCUGCUUGAUAUUGUGAACUUUUUGUAUGUAUUAGGAUUGUUAAUAUAUGAUUUGACAUCUGCGGAAAGGAAGUGAUAAGUUGGCAAUGUCAGCCGCUGCUGCUCUGUCCAACCUCACAGUACAGAGAGAUGUGAGAACAUUGCCAGUGACAUCACUGAUGACAUCAUCAUCGUGCACCCAGGACUAGAAGAACUAUGAGAAUGACAUUCAAAAGGUGCUGUGUUUUUUUUUUUUUUUUUACUAUUAUCAUGUUUCUGAUCCAAACUCCUAAAAGAUAAAGGAUGAUGGUGAGAUUUUUAAAUGCCAGGAAAUUCCCCUAUAAUUGAACCAAUAAAAAGUAUUCAAAGCUACUUUAUUAAAAGAUUCAUUUACCUUGUGCUGCUUCAGUGAACAUCUUGCCCGGCUCGAGCUGAUACCUCACGUGUACAUCAAGUUCCUGUUUGUAUUGUGCUCGUCUCCGCCAUGAAGCAAUGCCUUUGAUCUGCUCUUCUAGGUUAGAUGGUGACGUGCUCCCAUUAACUUUAUCCUCGAUUCCAUGCUGUAAAUCUUUGUAAAUGUGUAUUAAUUUUGUAUGGACAGGGUGGGUUUAGAAUAUAAAACAGAUCCAGAGCUAAUGAAUUUAAUCAGCGUUCAGGACUCCAAACAAUGCUCAGUCUUUCUGGUCAGUUACAAACCUGUAUGCCACUUUGAACAUACUGUGUGUCAUGUACUUAGAGAAGAACUGAUUAUCUUCAUUAAGACUAUUUAUUGUUCUUUUUUGGUUCGUCUGUAAACACUCAAGUUUUCUUGCUGAUUGUUCAGAAUUACCCCAAUCAAUAAAGAGGAACGUUUUGUAAAACUCAAUGUUCUUCUGUAUCGUAAAACAUCUGAGAGACAACUUUGAAAGAACU